UAUACAAGCUAAACCGGUGAGCCCUAGUACUCUAUCGUUCAUACGCAUCGUCUUCAUUCUUCAACUCCUCUUGACAGAAUCGCAUCCCGACGACGCCGCGAGGUUGGACGCUGUAAUACAUACAUGGCUGCAAAAGCUGAAAAUGUGAAGGAACCAAUUAAUGAGCAAGCGGUUGCGAGCAUAUAUGGUAAUUUAAGAUCUGAGAUGAACCAAAUUUAUUCCAAAAUCACCGAACUGGAGAUGGAAGUUAGUGAACACAGUCUCGUGAUGAAUGCUAUACAGCCACUUGAUCCUUCAAGGCGGUGCUACAGGUUGAUUGGAGGUGUUCUUGUUGAGAGAAGCAUCAAAGAAGUGUUGCCCGCUGUUCAGCGCAAUAAGGAGGGGAUUGAGGAAUUGAUUGCUCGGCUCAACGAAGCCUUGGAGAAGAAGAAAAAAGAAAUUUCUGAGUUCGAGGCAAAGUACAAAAUAAGGAUCCGGAAAUCAGAGGAUGAAGUGCAGGAUGAGAGUGGGCGAAAGGAAGGGUCUGCACAGGGAGUACUUGUUGGUCCUGCUGCUGGUGCAAAUGAAUAAUAGAUCAAUACUGUUAUUAAAAACUAUUUUCAUUUUUUUGGGAGUGUUUUGUGUGCUAAAAUCAGAUUUUAGCAAGAUGUAUCUGUAAGACUGUAACCUUGCUUUUUAUUUGUUUCUUUAUGGGGUGUUUGGUUGGAUAGUGUU